AUGUGGAUAAGGGUUCCGAGGAAGAAAGGAGAUGGGAUGAAACAGAUGCUGCUGAAGAGAUGCUCGAGCUUCGGAAAGAAGAACAAUGGCGGCUGCGGCCAUGGCGAUGUCCCAAAGGGCCACUUCGUCGUCUACGUGGGAGCCUCCAGGUUCCGACACGUGCUCCCCAUCCCCUUCCUCUCCCAUCCCAUCUUCCAGAUGCUGCUCGAACAAGCAGAGGAAGAGUUCGGGUUCAGACAUCAAACUGGCCUCACCAUUCCUUGCGAAGAAGAUCUGUUCCGUUCUCUCCUCGCUUCCAUCACAUGA